GCCGAGUUUGCCCGGGAUGAGGAAAUCUUGCAGCAAGCACUGCGACUGCCAAACAUGUCCAAGCAGACGGCAAACCUCAUGUCGUUUCUGCCUUUGCACGUGGGCAUGCGCUGCAAGAUGACCAAGAAGAUCAUGGCGCCGGAACUGGCACAGGAAUGUCCUUGUGAAGUGCUGCAGAUCAACUUCCACCCCGACGAGCGCUUGGACUGCGUCCCACAGUCCAUCCUGCGCAUUGAGGACUCUGCCGAGAAGCGCAGGGGCAUCUGGCACCUGGAGCCGACGAGCGACGACUUCACUACGUCGGUGCGACGAGGCGGCCAGUUUUGGGUGAACGUCACUCGGGCACAGUUCGGUCUGGCUCCUAGCAAGGCAGGAACGUACAACAACUUGCAGGGCAAGACCAUCCGGGAAGCGGAUGGCACUCCUUUGGGACACCGCAUCGACUUCACGAAGCCACACUACUUCAAUGAGGACGAGUACAUGCAGCACGUGUCCAUGACUUUGGGAAGAGCGCGGUCGUUGCGCUGGAGCCUUUUUCGAAACUUGCCCACGACCUCAGACGGCGACGUGGAUUUCACCGUCUUCGAGAACGGUCUUCUCGUGCUGCCAUUGAGCGUUGUCGACAACAACUUCGUAUUUUUCCUCGUUCAGAAGAUCUUCCACGACCUAUCCCUCGGGAACCGGCCUAGCGGGACGGCGAGCGCAUCUCUUGAGCUUGCCAAGAAGCGCGUGCGAGACGCCGCGCUCAUGACGGACGACGCAUUUUUCUCUGCACACGG